ACGCACUUAGCCAAAAACAGUUUUUUUGAACGAUAGCCAAAAACAUUAAAAAAGUGAGACACUAGGGUAAUACCAAAAUUUGGAUUAGCCAACUUUGUAUUGUAAACCCUUUGCCAACGCCGUCGCAGUACUCUCUGAACCGAUGGCGGACCAAUCUCCUGCGGAUCAGACCCCACCGUUCUCCGGCAUGCAGUCUCUCUCCGUCGAUUCUCAACCUCCCUCCUCCUCUUCAACUCCACAGAUGAGUUUAGAAGAAAAGUUUAAGAUUAUAAGAAGUGUAGGGGAAGAAUGUAUUCAAGAGGAUGAACUGCUAAAUCUUCUAAAUCACAAACCUGAACCCAUUUGCUAUGAUGGCUUCGAGCCUUCUGGCAGAAUGCACAUUGCUCAGGGAGUUAUGAAGGCAAUAAAUGUUAACAAACUGACCUCUGCUGGGUGUAGAGUAAAAAUCUGGAUUGCAGAUUGGUUUGCACAGCUAAACAAUAAAAUGGGUGGUGACUUGAAGAAAAUCAAAGUAGUUGGACAGUAUUUGAUUGAAAUCUGGAAGGCAGUUGGCAUGGACCUGAAUGAAAAGGUUGAAUUCUUGUGGUCUUCAGAUGAAAUUAACUCCAGGGCAUCAGAGUAUUGGCCACUUGUGAUGGAUAUAGCUCGCAGAAACAAGCUGCCCAGGAUAAUGAGGUGUUGUCAAAUUAUGGGCCGUAGUGAGCAAGAUGAGUUGUCAGCUGCCCAAAUUCUUUACCCAUGCAUGCAGUGUGCUGACAUAUUUUUCCUCAAGGCGGACAUUUGCCAGUUAGGCAUGGAUCAAAGGAAGGUUAAUGUGCUUGCAAGAGAGUACUGUGAUGACAUUAAGAGGAAAAACAAACCAAUUAUUUUGUCUCAUCAUAUGCUUCCUGGUCUCCAGCAAGGACAGGAGAAAAUGUCCAAAAGUGAUCCAUCAUCAUCAAUCUUCAUGGAAGAUGAGGAGGCAGAAGUGAAUGUGAAAAUAAAAAAGGCAUACUGCCCCCCUAAAAUUGUUGAGGGCAAUCCGUGUUUGGAAUACAUCAAGUACAUCAUAUUCCCAUGGUUUAAUGAGUUCAGGGUGGAGCGCAAUGCAGACAAUGGUGGUGACAAGACUUACAAGGAUUUUGAGGAGCUUGUUUCUGACUAUGAGAGUGGAGGGUUGCAUCCUGGCGAUUUGAAACCUGCUCUUUCUAAAGCUUUAAACAAGAUACUACAGCCGGUUCGUGAUCACUUCAACAAGGAUGCUAAGGCCAAAGAUCUGCUCAAACGGGUUAAGAGCUACCGUGUCACCAAGUGACCUCGAUGAAGAUGAUCAUCAACUUCUGCCCUCAGGAUUAAGUAACUUUUAGUUUUGUUUUAUUUAUUACAUAGCGUAUUCAAAUGAAAACUUGAUCAUGCAUGUUAUAUACUUGUUAUAGAUACACCUCAGCCAGAAGUUUGAUUUGGGUAUUAAUUAUUGCUACCCUCUAUUGCAAGAUGGAUUAUUGAACUCA